CAGUGGCGCUGCGAUUCUGUUUAUCUGAAGUUUGAACCAUGUGCAAGUAACAAGGAGAAACUUCUCUGGGGAUAGACAGACUCAAAAAUCAUCCUGACGACACAUUACUCUCUGUAAAGAGUGUCUUUUACUAAAUUUGGAUAGUUAUUUUCUGUUGGAGCAACAUGGUGUCGGCCGGUCUAGAGAUCCUGGGACUGGCUCUGUGCGUCGUGGGCUCUCUGCUCGUGAUGGUCGCGUGCGGACUCCCCAUGUGGAAAGUAACGGCUUUCAUUGAGGCCAACAUCGUGGUCGCUCAGACCAUCUGGGACGGCCUGUGGAUGAGCUGUGUGGUUCAGAGCACGGGGCAGAUGCAGUGUAAGGUGCACGACUCUAUCCUCGCGCUCAGCCAUGACCUGCAGGCUGCCCGGGCGCUCACCAUCAUCUCCUCUGUGAUGGGAGUUUUGGGGCUGAUGGUGGUUAUUGCGGGUGCGCAGUGCACCAACUGCAUCCGCACAGAGUACGUCAAAGCCCGGGUGGUGAAUGCCGGGGGAGUCAUUUACAUCAUCAGCGGCCUGUCUGUGCUGGUCCCGCUCUGCUGGAUGGCCAACAACAUCAUAUCGGACUUCUACAACCCGCAGGUGCCUGCGUCAAAAAAGAGAGAGAUUGGCGCAGCGCUCUACAUUGGAUGGGCCGCGACUGCGCUGCUGCUCAUCGGCGGAGCGCUGCUCUGCUGCUCUUGUCCUUCCGGCGGUAAUUCGGGAUAUUCAGCCAAAUACGCACCAACCAAAAGAACCACGCAGAACGGAGAAUACGACAAAAGGAAUUACGUGUAGCGGCGCGACCCGUGCGCGUAAAGACCAGACGCAGCUUCCUAAAAACUGUUUAAAAUGCCAGACUCUUUUUGCACCUGUUGGGUUUCUCUGAAUUUACGAAUCACUGGAAGCGCCUCAUCUGUACUGACCACUUACUCUGGACUAAUCUUUUUGUACCGGACACUUGACAAGGACUUUGUGAUACCUAAAAGAGUACCUUGUUGGUACUUUCGUAUGUCAUCCAAAAUCUUAGUUAUGAAUUGUUUACGUUUGUAUGUUUAUAAAGCAGAGGACCUGUCCUCAGAUGUUGCCUGGUCUUUUGCUCUGGUAUGCUUUGUCAGCACAAUGUUGUACAGUAGGUCUCUCCUUUGUGAACGUAGUAAGAGACAAAAAAGGAAAGACGCGCGCACGCGUAAAGCCUUAACUGGUCAUUUGUACUGAAUUAAACAUUUUAAAUGGACUCAAGUGUUUUUGUUUUUUAUUACUGUCGAUGUGGUUGGCAUAAUCCAUGACUACUUUGGCACCUGCGUAAUUCAUUGUUCCUGCAGGUGGUUACUUUCUCAAACUUUUAAAUAAAUGGUGUUUAAUGUUAAUGUAGGCUCAUGAUUGCUUAUUUACAUGUAAAAGA